AUGGCUGUAAGACACGGAAAUAUCGAGGAAUUCGAUAUAAAUUCUCAGAAUUGGGACGAGUACAUCGAACGUUUAGAACAUUAUUUUGUGGCUAACACUGUGGAUGGUGAUGCUAUAAAGCGUUCCAUAUUACUGACUGUAUGUGGCAGUAAGACAUACGGACUUAUUCGGAAUGUAGUGAGUCCUGAAAAACCCAGUGAUAAAACGUACGAUGAACUGAAAACGGCUAUUGGCACACACCUUAAACCCAAACCGUUGGUCAUAGUGGAAAGGUUCAAAUUCCACCAACGUAAACAGAGGGAAGGAGAAACGGUGAGUCAAUUCUUAGCUGAACUUCGUAAAUUAAGCGAACAUUGUAAUUUUGAAGGCUUUCUUAACGAUGCAAUACGUGAUAGAUUCGUGUGUGGAUUAUCCUCCACUGCAACACAGCGUAAAUUACUCUCAGAAUCUGAUCUCACAUUGAAAAGAGCCAUGGACAUUGCAAUUAGUAUGGAGAUGGCUGACAGCGAAUCUCGUAAACUUAAGGAAACAGUGUUUGAUGAUGGUAAGAAUGCGGAAAGGACACACAAAGUGUUUACACAAUGCUUUCGUUGUGGUAAGAACAAUCACAAUGCAGACAAUUGUUACUACAAAAACAGCAAAUGUCACAAAUGUCACGAAAACGGACAUCUGAGUAAAAUGUGUCAUGUCAACAAAUCGCGACAGAAUGUAAACAAACCGCGAUCACAUCAAAGUACUGAAAGUACUGGUGGUACUCCAGGAAACAAAAGGGGAUAUAAAAUGAAGAAAAAAAGUCCUAAGGUCAACUUUGUGGAUUUUGACAUGGAUUCUUCUGGUGUCCAGGAUACUGAACAACAGUACUCAUGGCCUCUAUUUUCAAUCAAUUCUGGUGGUCAUAAAGAGAUAAACAUUGAUUUGUUAAUUGACAACAAACAACAGAAAAUGGAAUUAGAUACUGGCGCUUCAGUUUCGUUGAUGUCGGAAAAGGAGUACAAACAGAAGUAUGAUGGAAAACUUAACAAGUCAUCAACAGUAUUAAGAACAUACACCGGUCAGCUUUUACCAGUUGUCGGAGAAAAAUCUGUUACUGUACAGUAUGGAGACCAACAUCUAUCGCUACCAUUACUUGUUGUCAAAGCUGAUGGACCAGCAUUGCUGGGUAGGAACUGGUUAAGUCAAUUAAAACUUAAUUGGCAGUCCAUCAAGUACACCAUCCAUGAUAACUUGGAGAAGGAAAUCUUCCAGAAAUACAAGGUUUUCAAUGAAGAGCUUGGUACUGUGAAAGGUGUAACUGCGACACUUCGAUUGAAAGAUAACUGUACACCAAAGUUUUUCAAACCAAGGCCCGUGCCUUUUGCUCUAAAGGACAAGAUUGGUGAAGAGCUUGAACGCUUGGAAAAGGCCGGUAUUCUCAGAAAAGUGGAGAGUUCUGAUUGGGGCACUCCUAUUGUACCAGUGUUGAAGCCUGAUGGAUCUGUGAGGAUAUGUGGGGACUAUAAAGUCACUAUCAAUCCCUACUUGGAUGUUCCAGAAUAUCCUUUACCCACAAGUGAAGAGUUGUUUGCAAAGUUGAAUGGUGGUGAACAGUUCUCAAAACUUGAUUUGACUAGUGCGUAUCAACAAGUACUCUUAGACGAGGAGUCGCGAAACCUUGUAACCAUAAACACACACCAAGGUUUGUACCAGUAUACGCGUCUUCCAUUUGGAGUUGCGGCUGCACCAGCUAUUUUUCAACGUACAAUGGAUCAAGUCCUGCAAGGAAUUGAGGGUGUCGGAUGCAUAUUAGAUGAUAUUCUAAUUACGGGGAAAUCUGACGUGGAACACCGUCACAAUCUUCAUACAACACUACAGCGACUUGAAAAUUUCGGUAUACGACUACGGAAAGACAAAUGUUUUUUCCUUCGCGAUGAAGUAGAAUAUUUCGCGUUCAAAGUCAACAAAGAAGGUAUCCACCCUUCACCGAGAAAAGUGGAAGCCAUUUUGAAAUUGGCUGAUCCUCAGAAUAAGCGUGAACUUCAAUCUUGGCUCGGUAUUGUGAAUUAUUACCGGAAAUUCAUUCCCAACAUGGCGACUGUCCUUGAGCCUCUUACUCAUCUGCUUGCCAAUGAUGUUGAAUGGCAAUGGAGCCCAACAUGUGCGAAUGCGUGUGAGACUAUCAAGAAACUUUUGGUUUCAUCUGAAGUUAUGGUACAUUAUGACCCAAAGAAACCAUUGACGUUAGCUGUCGAUGCUUCAUCAUAUGGACUUGGAGCUGUUAUCUCGCACACCAUUGAGUCGAACGACAAACCUAUAGCGUAUGUUUCGCGCACCUUGACAUCUGCGGAAAGGAAUUAUUCGCAGAUAGAAAAAGAAGCGUUAGCGAUUAUCUUUGGAAUUCAACGGUUUCACCAGAAUCUGUACGGGCGACGUUUUACCCUAUUGACGGACCAUAAACCGCUGACAACUAUAUUGGGACCAAAGAAGGGCAUUCCGGUUUUGGCCGCGUCUCGAUUGCAAAGAUGGGCGAUACAGUUAUCCGCGUACCAGUUCGACAUAAAGUUUCGUUCAACGGAUAAAAACGGAAAUGCUGAUGUGUUAUCACGUUUUCCUAUGAAAGAGGAGGAAAGUGGAGUUGACGACAACUAUGUGUUCUAUGAGGAAGCUCAGUUAGUGAACAAAAUGCAAGUUAACAGCUUACCUGUUACUGCUACGCGUAUCGCUGCGGCAACAAAAGGAGAUACAACUUUGGCACGCGUAAUGGAAUUUACCCGAAGUGGAUGGCCAAAUGUGGAAAUGGGAGAUGAACUUAAACCAUAUCACAGAAUUCGUGAUGAACUGACCAUGGAGGAAGGAUGCUUACUCCGAGGAGUACGAGUAAUCUUUCCGAACCAAUAUCAAAGUGAAAUAUUAGAUGAACUGCAUAGCAACCAUCCAGGAAUUGUUAGAAUGAAAUACCUGGCUCGGUUACAUGCAUGGUGGCCAAACAUGGAUGUGGAUAUUGAACGGAAAGUGUCGGGCUGUGAGGCAUGUCAGAAAGUACUACCAAAUGCACCGAAAUCUCCUGCAAACCCUUGGAGAUGGCCGUCGGCACCAUGGAACCGUAUUCAUAUCGAUUUUGCUGGACCAUUCAUGAGUGAAAUGUUCAUGGUAGUGGUCGAUGCACAUUCAAAGUGGUUAGAUGUGAUACGCAUGUCUUCCACGACCACAGCCAGUACUAUCAACGCGUUGAGGUUUCUAUUCGCGUCGUAUGGUUUAAUACCCAAAGAACUAGUUUCAGAUAAUGGACCGCAAUUUACUGCAGCAGAGUUUGCCACAUUCUUGAAAGAAAAUGGAGUACGUCAUAUACUUUCUGCACCUUAUCACCCCAGCUCAAACGGCGAGGCAGAGAGAGCUGUACGUACAUUCAAGAAAGCUAUGAAAUCCCUGGUUCAGUCAGAUAGUAGUCUGAACCAGAAACUUGCUUCGUUUUUGUUGUCGUACCGUACAACACCACAUAGUCUCACCAAGACUCCACCCAGUGAACUAUUCUUGGGAAGGAAGUUGAGGACCAGGUUGGAUAUUAUGCGUCCGGAUCUUUCUGGGAAAAUUCAACAAAAGACUACACCAACAGAGUCAAAAACACGAUUGUUCGAAAUUGGUGACAUUGUCAUUACUCGCGACUACCGUGGAAACCCACGGAAACCUUCAUGGAUCAAAGGUAUUGUUAUCCGCAAGCUAGGACCAAUGACAUAUACUAUUCAGGUGGACAACCUGAUAUGGAAAAGACAUGUGGAUCAAAUACCUACAUGUGAUCCAGCUUGUAACUUUGAACCAAGAGAGCAAGCAGUUCCAGACACUCAAAAUUCUCUGGGCAGUCUCCCAUGUAUCUUACGUAAUCCAACCAUUGGUACUCAGAGGAUUCCUUCAGCGGAUUGUCCAAUUCGGAUUCAAACCAGUGAAGUAGCUACUACUACACCAGAGACUGAUCAGACUGAUCCAUCGACCAAUGUGACACAUGAACAUCGCUAUCCGCGUCGUGAUAUAAUCAAACCAUCGCGUCUGAUUGAAAACUGUUAA